UUUCAUUCUGCGGCUGUCGCAUGCAGGUGGAAUCUGCGUCUGGACGCCUGCGUGCAGCUUGCUGCAGCAAAGUCGAGGGAUAGACGAACCAAUUGAUGAUUUUAUCAGAAGGACGUGAAAAUAACAUUCGGUACGCCUGUGAAUAAUUCCAUGGACCGCAUUAUAGGUGCAUCGCGCACGCUGGCCAAUGAAAACACUAUGAGAAAUGUGAACAUACGAGUCUCCUGACCGGAUCAGAACAUUUCGUGGCUACCAACUUUAAAACACCGAUUUGCAUAAUAUUCAGCGAUUGUACUGAAACUGGGGCUGUGUUUUGACCUACCAUGUAAAGGAUGCCUUUGCCAAAGGACAGUGGAUUUCUAUUAGGAGAUAAUUUUUUUUGAAUAUCUACACGAUUAGUAGCUCCAUGGUAGCCAGUAUUUUUUUUAAAUCAAUGCACAACUCGAUUUGAUUUAAGUCCUGUAGGAUGCCAGACGUUGCAAAAAGAGGUUGCUUUUGCCACUUCACAAACAAGGAUUUCCAAGAAACAGAAAGGACAUAGUGCGCCGUUGACUCAUCAAAACGCGGACCACUAUGGAUGAAGGCACAGCCAGCGAGUCUAUUCCAGAUUUGAAAGACAUAGAAGUCAAAAUUGGACGGAAGACUCCGGAGGGCUUACUGAAGUGGAUGCGGGAAGAAGCAUCCUUGCACCGCGGAGAUGCCAAGUUAAAUUCACACGAGCCCAAAGACAGUGACACAGGAAGAAAGAGUCUGGAUGAAAAGAUAAGGAAAUUAAAAGUCGACAUGGCUCACCUGCGCUCGGUGGACGUGAAGAUCCUGCAGCAGCUGCUGGCGGUCCACGAGGGCAUCGAGGCGGUCAAGUGGCUCCUGGAGGAACGCAGCACCCUGACCAGCCGCUGCAGCAGCCUGACCAGCAGCCAGUACAGCCUGGGCGAGGGGCCCGACACCUCCUGGAGGGGCAGCUGGAGCAGCCUGCAGGACCCCAACGACAAGCUGGACAACAUCUCCAUCGGCAGCUACCUGGACACGCUGGCCGACGACAUGGACGAGUACUGCCCCUCGAGCUCCGAGUCGGUGCUCUGCUCCAACACCCUGGGGCCGGGGCUGGGAGUAAUCUCAGCAAAGGGGGCAGGACGUGGCUCUCCCCAAGUCGAGUCAAAACCCCCCAAAGACGCAUCUCCCGUUUGGACUAAGGCCACGGAGGCUGUCAAAAGAAACCCUAUCACCAAGGACACCGGGCAGAAGCAGCCUGGGAAGAGCAACGGGGUGAUGGAGAGGGCCUCCAGGCCAGCAGGGGGUCCCGGCACAGCCCGGACCUGCCUGGCAGACCGGCUGGGGAACAGCCAGAGCCCCAAACUCAAACCCUACAAGAACGGCAAGGUAGACCUGGAAGGCUGCAAGAUGAACGGCAAAAUGCACCUGGAGUACGACGCGCACUGGCGAUGGGUCCAGUCGCAGGAUGACGUGACAUUUCUGUGAGAGCGAUGGUUGACCCCCUGACCCCUUCUACACUCGAGGGGGGAAGCUGAUGGCUCUUAAAGAUGGACGACGGCCUUUGUGAUUUACCACAGGGAAAGACAGGAGGUGUGACUGAGCAAGAAUACAAUAUUUCUGUUCACUCCUGUGAAUGCACUUACAAACGUACAAAACAAUGAUGUCAGUAUUAGGGGUAAAGCACAUGGACGGUACUUUUAUCAUUUAUAUUUUAAUUCAUUUCGAAUAAUUUGCCCUGCUUCUAUGCAUUUGAAAAAACUCUAUAGCAGAGAAAAUUGGAAGAAUCCAAAUCUGUUUCAAUCAUUUUUGUAGCCCCUAGCUAGCUUACUAUGACCAAAGUUAUCCCUAUCCACCCCACUGAUUAGCUUCAAGUCAAAUACUGUAUGUUAAAUAAUGUAUGCUAAAAUAGAUCUGAAACAU